AGGGGUGUCGGAAUAAAUGAUAUUUGCAUGGUGCAUUCUUAUCCGUAUUUUAGCACAGCUGUAGUUUGUUGUUUUUGAUCAAAAUCUGUGUAACAACAGUGGUGGUGUUAGCGUAAUAUGCAUAAAAAAUUCGAUAAUGAGAGGUACCAGAGCUGCGGUACCACGUGUUCCCUUCGGAAGCUUUUAGCUGCAGCUCAGUGGCAUCUGGUUGGACUGCAGUGAUGGUUACAAAGUCCGAUUCCGUUUUAAGAAGCGAGAACUACAAGUUAUAUAGUUUUAUUACAACAAACAGCGUUGUUUAUCAUGCAGUUUUAUGUGCAAUGAUUUCAUGGAAACGUCACAAAGUUAAACAAAAAACAAACAAACAAAAUAAAAACAUACGUGGACAGACAGAUUGUCCUCGGGGGAUUUACGUAUUGGUUUUCACCGAUGGAUUUUUCUGUAGACUUUGAAUAAAACAUUAACCUGCAGUGGUGGUGCACUGUCAUUCAGUAAUGUCAGAGGAUCUUCAGGAGCUGCUGAGUGACACUUAGCAUGUGAAUAAAUAUGUCCACGAAGUCACAAACACACACGGUGUUGGUUUCCAGGUGGCUCCCAACUUAACUCAGAAGUGGAAAAACUAGAUAGGCCAGAAAUCAAAGCAGUCAAAACGACUUCCUGUAGGAUGCAGUUUGAAGCUCUCAAAAAGAUUUGCACAAAAUGCAAGUGGAAAAUUAAAUGUCUUGGACUCGAAAUGAGGAAUGGUAAGAGUUGAAUGUGAACAGCUGAUUGUCAGCGACUUAUAUUAAGGCAUUAUAAUGGCUGUCUACGGUUGGUUUUAGGAGCAGGUUCUGAGUCCAACUGUUUUAUAUAUGCACAAACACCGAAAAAAUGCGCUAACUAAUUAAGCGCUAGCAAUUUUAGAACAAAUAUUAUGGAAUAACAAUACAUUUAACUUCAAGCCUUAUGUAAAUAUGUUAAUACAUAUUUAUUUAAACAUUUGUUUAUGAACUGUAGUACCAUUCUGACUCGGUGCUCGGAAAUCUCGACGUUCGUGAACGCAUCAUUAAUUGUUGUACACUACUAUGUCACAAACGGAACAUUAAACCUCUCUGGGCCCGGCGAGGUUCGUCGCCGUGGUCACUGUCAAUCUUAGGGGUCGUGUCCCCCACCCACCAUCACCCAACGUCUCUAUUACAUUCUGUGCGCAUAGCUGAGUUAUGUAAGAAGGUAAUUUUAAUAUUUAACCCAUGAGGGUUAAAUGUUUUGCUGAGAUUAGCCAAUGGUAGUCUUUUCUUAUAUUCAGAUCGGGAUUAUCGGUGGUUCAGGACUCGAUGAUCCAGACAUCCUGGAUGGAAGAAAGGAAGUGUAUGUUGAUACACCGUACGGAAAGCCGUCUGACGCUCUGAUACUGGGGAAGAUAAACGAUGUGGACUGUGUUCUGCUUUCAAGACACGGAAGGAACCACACCAUCAUGCCCACGGAUGUGAACUACCAGGCCAACAUCUGGGCGCUGAAAGAACAGGGCUGCAGCCACCUGUUGGUUACCACGGCCUGUGGUUCACUAAGAGAGGAAAUUAAACCAGGAGACAUCGUUAUUAUCGAUCAGUUCAUUGACCGGACGACCAAAAGAGCUCAGACACUGUACGAUGGACAGGAGACCAGUCCCGCAGGAGUCUGUCACAUCCCUAUGGCCGAGCCUUUCUGUAAGAGAACCAGAGAGGUCUUGGUGGAAGUAGCCCAGAGUUUAGGCAUCAAGUGCCACGUGCGCGGGACUGUCCUGACAAUUGAAGGGCCACGUUUCUCCACAAGGGCGGAGAGCCUAAUGUUUCGGCAGUGGGGCGCUGAGGUCAUCAACAUGACCACUGUUCCCGAGGUGGUCCUCGCCAAGGAGGCUGGCUUGUGCUAUGCCAGCAUUGCCAUGGCAACGGACUUUGACUGCUGGAAGGAUCAUGAGGAAUCGGUCUGCGUUGACAACGUGCUGAAGACGAUGAAGGAAAACUCCAACAAAGCCAGCAGUAUCCUGCUCUCAGCAAUACCUCUGAUCAGUGACAUGGACUGGACUCACACAAUACAGACUGUGAAGGCGAUGGCUAAGUCGUCAGUGAUGUUACCGAAACACUGAGGGAACAGAACGACCACACGUAGCAUCAGCACACACUCUCCCGAUGAACUCUACGCCGCCUCGGAAUUCAUCUGCAGUGAAUCACAACAAAAACCUCUUCUUUUUUCCAGGGAAAAUAUGCUUCGACCGCUCUCUGUUCUCUAACAAUCAGUCUACCUCACAAACUGGUUAGGAUCACAACACUAAACUAGUAACAACACACUUUCUAUUUUGUGGAUUUACAUUUUUGAUUUCUGUGAAUUUCUAAUCAAAUACUUGCAAACAACUGCAUAGUUUUAAUGAAACACCAUGGUUAGAAAUGACAACUUGUUUAUAUAAAAUAACUGUGGUAACACCUUCAAAUACCUACAUUUAUAAACUCUGAAUGCUGUUUAAUGAACAAUUUUAGCACCAGGCACAUUUCUGGGUUUUCUUGUUGGGAAAAUACUUUUUGUAUGUGGUGAGUUUCUUUCAUUUGACCAUUCUUAAAAAUAUAUAUAUUAUUAUCAUCAUGAUUGCUAAUUGUGAAUCCAUCAUUGUGAUUACACUAUGUUUUUGGACUUUUUUAUUUCUUUUGUUGCCAUGACGCUCGUUAAGGUAGUGGUGAAUAAUACAGACGACAGUUGAAGGUGGGCGAUGUUUAAUGUGGUACGAAAUAAUCUUCGGGAUUCUUAUUAGCAACAUUUCAAUGUUCAGAGUUUACUAUUUGGGGUAAUGAUCUCAACACUAAUUGUCGGAGAGCAAUUAAGCUAAUUUCUGCCCUCGGGCUUGUCUUUGACAGUGCUGCGUUCACAGACAUCUUGAAAGUACCGUUAUUACAAAAAACGCUUCGAUCACAAUGUGACGAAACAGCUAACUUUUAAUGCAAUAGAUGUCCUGGCAUAACACUAAUGACUUCAGGUGCUAUCUGUUUGAUAAUUUUUAUGAAAUCGUUUUACCAGACUUUUAAGAAAAGUAGAGUUUUGAAAUGUUUUCUAUUUUUCUCUUACGCUGUGGAAAUGCAUGUUGUGGGAACACGUGAUUUAAAAAAAUCCUCUAAACUGAACACUACAAUAAAACUGUUGCAUCAG